AUGGCGCACCGUUCAAGAAGCUCGCGAGACUAUCCCAGCGGCCACGGGCACCGCUCAUCGCGAGAACGACAAUAUACCACCGAAAAGACCACACGCAAUGACGACCGCCGUGAUAGAUCUAGACGUCGCUCGGCUCUGCCACAGUACAACCACAAUGGUCAUAAGGUGACUCCGGGCCUUCAUCCUGAGGGCGAGAGUGGCAGAAGAGGGUUCAACCCAAUCAAGUUUCUUGUGAUUUCUGGCAGGAGUAGCAGCACGCCGUCCAUGCUAGUCAACUGUCUAUGGCCUAUCGUACCUAUCGCCAUCGCAUUGCACUUUGCGAAACCUGAAUGGCAUCUGGCAAUCUUCAUCACCAACUACAUUGCUAUGUUGCCGGCAGCGAACUUGCUCGGCUUCGCUGGCCAGGAAUUCUCCCGCAAGAUGCCCAACAAGGCCUUUGCUGUUGUCCUUGAAACGACAUUCGGUUCCGUCGUUGAAAUCAUUCUGUUCAUGGUCCUAAUAGGGACAUCUAAAGGCGACUCCAACGUACAGGUCAUUAAGGCUGCCAUCUUGGGAUCCAUCCUUGCCAACCUGCUCCUCUGCCUCGGAACAUGUUUCGUUUUCGGCGGUCUCAAGAAUGAUCACCAAGAGUUUCAUCCCGCUGUCUCUGAGAAUGGUAGUGGUUUGAUGCUUGUCGCUGCUACCGCGCUUGUACUUCCUGCUGUCUUUUACGCAUAUCUCUUCCAAAACCCCGACUACGAACAAAACGUCGACAUCGCCUACAACACUCGUAAGAUCUCCCGGGGUGUGGCCAUUAUUUCUAUUAUAGGCUACUUGAUCUACUUGUACUUCCAGACAGUCUCGCACGACGGUCUGCUCCAUGAGAUUUACGAAGCAGACGACCACAAGGACAAGGAUCGCCACGAGGAAUUGGCGAAGCCCAAGCUUACAAUGACUGAAGUCAUUGUCGCUCUUCUCCUCUCACUGGCCUGCGUAGCGCUCAUAGCCAUUUCUCUUGUCCUCGAAAUUCCGCAUAUCGUAGAGCGUGGUGUCAGUGACGCCUUUAUUGGUCUUAUCUUGAUCCCGCUUGUUGAAAAGGUCGCCGAACAUCUCCUCGCCAUCGACGAAGCCUAUGACAACCAAAUCAACAUGGCUCUCGCUCACGUUCUUGGUGCGUCUAUCCAAACCGCCUUGUUCAACGCGCCGCUCGUGGUACUUGUUGGCUGGGGUAUUGGUGUCGGCAUGGACUACAACUUCGCCAUCUUCGACGCUGUCGCCUUGAUUCUUGCAGUUUUGGCGGUGGGCUCUUUCCUUCGUGAUAGGAGUUCGAACUACCUCGAGGGUAUGCUUUGCGUUAUGACGUACGUCAUCAUCGCAAUCUGCGCGUUUUACUUUCCUGAUCCCGCACACCACGGUGAUUCAGCUGGUAGUGCGGAGGGCGGUGCGGAGGGCGGUCACUAG